AGUUCAAGUGUGUCUCGGCAUAACUACCCACUUUGAGGUCCCCACAAGCUUAUAACCCCCCUCUGCCUCGUUUCCUCCUCAAAUGGUCAACUACGUUUCCAUUCCUGCAGAAAAGAUGGCAACUAAAGUUGGUCUCGGCGUUCCAAUGCCGCUCCUCGCUCCUGCGACUGCUACCUGGGCAGCUCCUUUUGCGGCCUACUACCUCUUUCUCCAGAACCGCAUUGUGUACCACCGUUUAACCACAAAGACCUUCAUUGGCGACAAGACUAAAGAUUCAAAAGAUUCAAAGGGCGAGGUGGAUCCUCUCUAUCUUGCGACGCGCGCACAGCUCAACUUUGCUGAGAACGUUCCGUUGAUUCUUGGAAUCGCACUGCUCGCCGAGCUCAACGGAGCAAACAGGACUUACAUCAACUAUGCAUUGGGCACUCUCCUUGCUCUGCGUAUUAGUCAUGCCGAGCUAGGAUUGCUCAUCAAGAACUCAAUGGGCCCUGGAAGAAUUGUAGGAUACUAUGGCACCCAGACGGUUCUUGCCGGAUUGGCCGGAUAUGCUGCGUACCUGAUUAAGGAUUUCUGGAUGAUCUGAACAGAUGUGCCUCAUUAGCCAUGGCUAAGACAUGGGGAUAAAGUCCUGUUUAUAAGAAUAGAAUUGAUGAAAGCGACAUCAGUGGCUACAUGAGGCUA